AUGGGCGACUACGAGCGUCGGAACUACAAUUCCCGCGGGGGUGGUGGUCGCAAGCGCCGUUACAGAGACGAUGAUGACUAUGAUCGUCGCCAAUCACGACCCAGAUACGAAGAGCCGCUGUUUGUUAAGGUUCGCCGACAGCUAUUGACAAUUGCCGAAUCGGCUGCUCGCCGCGUCGAAGAUGAUAUUAUGGGAAUUGCGAAAAGCGUGGCAGAGCACUACGAUGACGAGGAGCUGCGUGAGACCUACGUGAACAUUUCAUUGGAUCUUGUUCUUGAACAGCCCAUGAAAAUCCCUUUCGUCGCCGCCACAGCCUUGGUCGCAUACAAUCUCAAAACAGAACUCGGAGCGGAACUGCUGCAGAAGACUGGCGAGAGUCUGCAGAAAUACGUUGAUCAGGGAGCAUGGCGCGAGGUCAAGCUACUCCUUCGUUUCUUGGGUAGCUUGCAGCCUCUCUUUGAGGGUGAUGGUAUCUUCCCGGUGCUGGAUGAGCUAUUUGCGCGCGCAGUUGAUCUCCAGACUGCAUCCUCCGAAGACUUGAUCGGUAUGGAACUUGUCAAGGUCAUUCUAUUUGUUAUUCCCUAUGUGAUGUCUUCGCCUGCCUCUGGCUUUGAGGUGCAGGCUUCUGCGCUUCUUGAAAAGACAGGAAUUAUCGCUUCCACUCCCCACGCUCUCGUGGAGUUGGUGAAAUCUUUUAACCCCAAUGAAGAGAGCUCGGAAACGGAGCCCAAUGUCAUCAGUCUCAUGCAGACUCAGCUUCAAGGCGAGGCCAACCAGGGCUGGGCAUUGAAAUGUCUCCCCCGACCCUGGAAGGGAGUACAAGAAAUUGAAAAGGUUGAGGAUGGUCUGAAGCUAUUCGAACCCGUGAACAAGAUCCCCUUCCCGCAGAUCAACAUUCCGAGCCCCGUCCCGAACGGACCUCGCACUCUCUUCCCAGAGGUUUAUCUCUCCGUUUAUGCUGACCAAGAGAUCGACACCGUGCCCUCCACAUCGGAUAUUGCUUCAUCUCUCCUACGAGAUGCUCUAGUCGAUACCAUCAACCUGCUAGAUUUCAACCGCGUUGCCGUUGCCAAAUACUUGAUUGAUGUCGAUUGUUACUUCACCCCUUACACCUUCGUCAAGCGAGCCACGCCUUUCGACCGAAUGCGUGAUCUGGUGAAGGAAGGCCAGGCAUGGAAGUCCGAGGAUGUGGCAGUCGAUGCUGUUUUGUCCCUGCUAUAUCAACUCCCAGCUCCAGCGCACAAGCUCGUUUAUUAUCAUGCUCUUCUGACCGAGUGUUGCAAGAUCGCCCCGGCGGCAAUUGCGCCCAGUCUUGGUCGUGCAAUUCGAUUCUUGUAUAACAAUCUCGAGACAAUGGAUCUCGAGCUGAGCAGCCGCUUCUUGGAUUGGUUUGCUCAUCAUCUGAGCAAUUUUGGCUUCACUUGGAAAUGGAGCGAGUGGGUUGAUGAUCUUGAUCUCCCGACCAUCCAUCCGAAGAUGGCAUUUAUCCUUGGCGCGUUGGACAAGGAAAUUCGACUCAGCUUUGCGCAGCGCAUCAAGGGUACCAUCCCGGAGCCAUAUCUGCCAUUGAUCACCGAGGGCAAGGAGAAGGAUACGCCUGACUUUAAGUACUCGGUUGAGACUACUCCCUACUCUAAGGAAGGACAGGAAAUUAUGCUGCUGAUCCGCAAGAAGGCGAGCGAUGAGGAACUCCAGCCCUUGAUUGACGCUAUCGAGCAGCAGGCCCAAAGCGCGGGAGCUAAAGAUCCCAAGGUUGUCUCGACGGAUGCCUUGGUAACCUCGAUCUGCUUUGUAGGAUCCAAGUCGCUCUCGCACGUCCUCUCCUGCAUUGAGCGUAUCAAAGAGCGACUAUUGGCUAUAGGCCCGGCGUCAGAAAAAGCCCGUCUCCAAAUCAUCACCUCGGUGAUGGAGUACUGGGUCGACCAGCCCGGUAUCGCCAUCAACAUCAUCGACAAGCUGCUGAACUACACCAUUAUUAGCCCUCUGUCCGUCAUCGAAUGGGUCCUGACCGAGUCCAUUGCCUCCGGGACUAUUCUGGGCAAGACGCACAUCUUCGAGAUGGUCUCGGCGACCGUUGGCAAAGUCACUAAUCGCAUGCGACAGAUCGUCAGCGCCCGCAUCCAGCCCGGCCUCUACGAGCCCCAGUUGAGUGCACUUGAAGAGACACUCGCGCGUGAGCGGGCUGACAUGCAAACUCUCUUCCAAUACAUCGAGGAUUCGAUCCUAUCCGUUGCCGCCGGCAGCAACGACGAGCUCAUGGAGCGUGGCGAUGGCAGCGGUGAUCAGCCUGAAGAUGCCAUCAUCCGCCAAUGGGGUCAGCGCUGGCUCCGGGUGUUCCGUCGCAAGAUGGCUGUCGAGGAGUCUUUCAUCGCUGACGCCCUUGUUAACGCUGCUCCUGUUGGCACAACUGCGCCUGUCGAAGCUUCUGCGGAUGGGGAUAUUCGGGUCACUGAUGCCACGCAAUAA